UGUAUUCUUGUUGUCUAUUAUUGGAUGUGUUUCAGUGUUACGUUAGUAUAUCCACUAUCCAAGUUUUGCAGUAGCAGGUAUUGUUCGGCAAGAAGCACACACACAGCUUCCCAGCGCGAGCUGCUGGCUAGCUAGCUAACAGUGUGACGGUGACCGCCUAACCCAGUUUCCAGACAGCCUCGAGUAGUCACUCACACGGAGAUACUGCAUGAAUGAUGCCAAGAAAAAACAAUAGCUACUUCAUCAAAUAGGACACAUGCGUAGGCGUAAACACUGCGAUAAUAUUGGCUAUAUACAAAGCCAUACUCAACUUCACGAUACCAAAUCCGGAGGUCUGCGGGUCGAGCAGGAGGUGGUGACGUCCUACCCUCAGGUGGCAGUGGUGCGAGUCCCCACCCCCUGGGUGCAGUCGGACAGCGACAUCACGGUGCUACGCCACCUGGAAAAGAUGGGCUGCCGGCUGGUCAACCGGCCCCAGGCCAUCCUCAACUGCGUCAACAAGUUCUGGACCUUCCAGGAGCUGGCUGGCCAUGGGGUCCCACUCCCUGACACCUUCUCCUACGGAGGACACGAGAACUUCCGCAAGAUGAUUGAUGAAGCAGAACCGCUGGGCUACCCUGUGGUGGUGAAGAACGCACGUGGUCACAGAGGAAAGGCGGUGUUCCUGGCCAGGGACAAGCACCACCUGGCCGACCUGAGCCACCUGAUUCGCCACGACGCUCCCUACCUCUUCCAGGAGUAUGUGAAGGAGUCUCACGGCCGAGAUGUCCGGGUGGUGCUGGUGGGCGGCCGCGUCAUCGGCUCCAUGCUGCGCUGCUCAACCGAUGGACGCAUGCAAAGCAACUGCUCCCUGGGCGGCGUAGGGAUGAUGUGCCCGCUGAGUGAGCAGGGCAAGCAGCUGGCGGUGCAGGUCUCCAACAUCCUUGGCAUGGACGUGUGCGGCAUUGACCUGCUGCAGCUCAACGAUGGCUCGUUUGUGGUGUGCGAGGCCAACGCCAAUGUGGGCUUCAUUGCCUUCGAUCAGGCAUGCGGCAUGGACGUGGCGGGCAUCGUGGCUGACUACGCCCUCUCGCUGCUGCCUAGCCGCCUGACACGCAAGAUGUCGCUGCUCUCGGUGGUGUCCAGUGCCAGCGAGACUAGCAGCGAGCCUGAGGUGUGCCCGGCGCCCAGCAACUUACUGCCCGAGACCGUGUGCAACAUGAGCGUGGGGUCCACUUCUAGUGAGAGCGACCCCGAGCUGGCUGAUACCACCCCGCAGCCCACGAGCCGCCAAGUUGGCCCUAGCCAGGUUCUGCCCAACCUCCCUGACCCGGCCUACAACUUCAACACCCUCCUCGCCAACGAGAUCAAACUAUUGACUGAGUGAGCUGAAUACAGCCACGGCACACAUGCACACUUACACACACAGACACACUUACAAACACACACCUGAACACAUGGCGAUGGACAUUCCUGUUACAGAGCACAAACACAAACUCCUAUACACGUUACACAGGCAGGAUGUUACAUGCAAAAGCAUGAGCUGAACAAACAAAAAUGAAAUGAAAAAUGCCAUGACCACAGAAACUGGCAUUACGAACAGACAUAGACGCACACGCCUUCUCUUACUAACUCCCCUAUAAACACAUAGAGAUCUGAGGCUGCUCCCCUGACUCUACUGCUCUUCUCCCCCACUGCGAACAACCCAGUUUUACAACCGCAGGUGGUGGCAGAAGUGGGAUCCAGAAGGUUAGCUGAAUUACUGAAUCUUUUUGUUUUCAAUUGCAUUGUGAGUGUGAGUUGAGUAAGAGUGUUUUUUGGGAGAACCCUAAAGAGCAUUGCAUACAUCAGCACAUAGUCAACCGAAGUUUUUAUUUAUUUGCACCAAAGAAAACAAGUGAUGGACAACAAUACAGAUAAAAACACAUUUAAAACAACUGUUUGCAGGUGUGGUUGGAAGCCCAAGGGCUUAUAUGAAAAUCACACCAGUCUGUCACCCAAUUGAACUGAACACACACUACAAAACUGUAUUUUGGAGAAUGAGAAUGAUGCGUGGUCGUCGUUAUAGAUCAACCACUGAGGAAGUAGCCAGGCUUGAUUUACUGGUGGUGAAAUGAAGUGUUUUUCAAGUGAUUUUCUCCAUAACUGGGAGAGGGGUACAUACAGAGGACUAGUUAGACUGCCCACCAGCUCCAUGUAGCAGAGGACAGACCGGGUUCACCGUCACAGGGACUAUUAAGUGCAGAUUGGGGUCAUUUCCAUUUUCUACCUCAGUUAAAUCUGGAAAUGGGAUGAUUGAAAUUGACAAAUAAAAAAAUCACUGUCACAUUUCAUUCGCAUUAAAUUCACGAAUUGUCUGUAAUCAAAAUGGGACUUACCACCCAAUGCUGACAAUGAGCACCUAAACACGGGAUCAUUCGAAUAAAAAAACUGACCUAGCACCAUUGCCUAGAGGCACCUUGUAUAUUAACAACACUACACGAUACCCUAUACGCACACGCCUUCUCGUAAGAGAUUCCAUCUAGAAAUGCAUAAGCAUAGGUCAAGCACAAUUGACCCUGAAACUCUAAAAUCGAUCGCUACUGUCACUUGGUUUUCAAGUUAAUGUUUUUAGCGGCUCGUUUUUAUUAGGUUUUUACAAGAACAAUAGUCAAACAGCGACUCUUUCUCUUCAUCUGAAAAAAGCACUUUAAGAUAAACCGAUGAAUUGCAUGGUGGAACUACAUACUCGGGAGCAAGUUGACGUUUAUUGUCAUGAAGGUUGUCCUGGAGGCAGAACUGAGUGAUUUCCCCUUAGAUAGGCUAGCUGCAAAGUCAAAUUUGUCUAUAUUGUAAAAAUUCAUGAAAACUAAAAUGUGCUUUUUGGUCUCAAUUUAGGAUUAGAGAUGUUAUGAUUUUGUGGCUGUGCUAGCUAGUGACCAUUCUGCAGAGCUGCCUCCAGAACAAUAUUCAUGACGAAAAACGCUAACCUGCUACUUGGGAGGCAAGUUGAAUCCGUCUAGAAACAGUGCAGAAGCUGUCACUACACCUACAAGAAAAAUAUACCUCAAUACAGAAAACUUUUCACUGCCAUAGAAUAAACUACUUUGAGUCAUACAUAUCAGCCAGCAUCCUUGUGGUUUCAAGUGAGCCUUGACUUUACAAGAUUUCCCUCCCUUGAUACAUAGGGCGUAGAUAUACUGUAGUCGAGUACAUUUUUUGUAAAUAAUAAUUUUAGAAAUGUUCAUGCUUACUAGUCUCUGGCUGAUAUGAAAACCAUAAGGGCUGAAAUAACUGCUAACUUUCUCAACUUAAACAUUUUGGUUAACUUGUGUAGAAAACAUUGGUUUGUACAGAACUGCAAUGUCAAAAAUAAAUGUUUUACAAAAAACACGAGUGCUAACGUUUCUGUGGAUUUGGCUAAAUGUGUUUAAUCAGCCCAAUGUUUUGGCCGGUGAUGAAUUACUGUUUAUUCAGCUCAAGUGAGGUAAACUUCAUAAACCUGUUGUACAAAUAAAAUGCAAAACAAUACUUACUUUUUUUACAGUGUGUUUGAUAGAAUGUUACUUUUUUAUUCCUCAAAAGGAAAACUUCUCCAGGGAUAUCUAUUGCCUAGAGCUUCUUUCUUGAGCUGUUGGUUACUUGCGGUGAAUCUACCACUCAGCCUUUAAAAAAUACCUAAAAUACCUGGGGCAUCCAUCAUCAACCAAAAAGUAUUUGCAGUAAUCAUCCAAAGCACAAGCCACUCUACUUUGUGCCACUUAGUGACUAGCUAUAACCCAUAUGUAGAAGGCUUCGAUGUUAAACCGUUGACUCUAACAUAACUCAGGGAAGCAGCCUUGAUCUCAUCCCCACUCCUAAGGCAUGUGACAUAUCCAUCCUAGCUACAGAUCUGCCUAAAAUGUGUAUUGAUGACAAACAAAAAAAGAUUUGUAACUAUUAAAAGAAGCGUUGUACCAUUAAGGUUAACACUUACUUUUUUUCAUUGCUUGUUUUAUAAUAUUCAGUGUUUUUUCCACUAAUUAAUUCUGGUAUUUUUUAAGGAUGUGGUUUGUGUGCACUUAUCUUGUCUCAAAUAAAGUGAGGCCGCUGUGAAGCAUGAUUUUUGUGGGGGGCGAUUUACUAACCAUCUGGAAUCUAACGGGUCUCCAUGAGGUAGAUAUCACGAGUAUGCCAAAUGCGAACACGGCAAAGAAUUUUAGGGACAAUUUUAGGGAAAAUGCUGUCAACUAUUUCAGCUGCUCCACUGGGAGGUAACACCAUUUACAGUACUGUGAUUUGUCCAACAUUAUGAAAUAUCCAUUUGAGUAAACUGAAUCCCAUGUACUUGAAAUAGGGCCAGGGGGUCUGAUCAUCUAUAAGUCUAAGUCACCCUUCAUCCACAGUUUCUGGGUGACUGGUCUACAAUUGUUGUUCUCCCUUUUAUUUUCCCAAAGGUUACGUUUGAUGUGUUGUCCUGUAUAUCAAGCCUGUGUCAUUCCACAUUCAUACUUUUAAAAAAUUCAUGUAAAGAGAAGACAUCCUAGAGUCUAGGCCAGGGGGCAAAGUACGGCCCGCCGGGCACUUCAAUCCGUCCCGCGAGACCCCUUUUUUCUCCCUAAUUUCGUGGUUUCCAAUUGGUAGUUACAGUCUUGUCCCUUCGCUGCAACUCCCGUACAGACUCGGGAGUGGCGAAGGUUGAGAGCCGUGCGUCCUUCGAAACACGAUCCAGCCAAGCUGCACUGCUUCUUGACACAAUGCCCGCUUAACCCGGAAGCCAGCCGCACCAAUGUGCCAGAGGAAACGCCGUACACCUGCCGACCGCAUCAGCGUGCAUGCGCCCGGCCCACCAUAGGAGUCGCUAGAGCGUGAUGGGACAAGGAAUCUCGGCCUGCCAAACCCUUUCCUAACCCGGACGACGCUGGGCCAAUUGUGUUCCGCCUCAUGGGUCUCCUAGUCACGGCAAGCUGUGAUACAGCCUGGGAUCGAACCCGGGUCUGUAGUGACGCCUCAUGCACAGCAAUGCAGUACCUUAGACCGCUGCACCACUCUUGGGAGGCCCCCACAAAUUGAUUUUAACAAACAAAUGGUCCCACAAAAAAUGCGGCCCUCCAUUGAAUUUCAAAAUCCCGAUGUGGCCCUCGAGCCAAAAAGUUUGCCCACCCCUGGUCUAGACCUUAAUACCAGCCAUAGGAAAGAAUGAAAGGAUUACCAUUUUCUCCAACAUAUGCAUUGGUGAAAUAAUAAUAAUUAUCCUAAUUACUACAUCCAUAUAACCUACAAAGCAUAUCUAGGUUAAUUUACUCUGUAUGGUUUAGUAUGUGCGUCCAAAAAAACUUCAAAUGCCUUAUCCCAUUUACUUUGUGGACACUGAUAGGGAAACACUGAAUGAUUCAAAUUUGCUUAACAGAACGCCCAACCAGCCAUUGAUUUCAUCUAUCCGGCCUUUUCUGAUCAGUGCCCACCAUAGGAAGGAGACAAAGAACCAAUUGACGAGAACAGGUUACACUGCCUAUUCUAUAUAUGACAUAGCUAAAGCUAGUAACUGGUAAGUAAUGACAUGGUCCUGGUUUGAUGAUGUAGCACUACAGCCUGUUCUGUACUGAUGCCGCGCUAACGUGCUAGUCGGAACAAGGAAGCUCGUAAACUUCCGACAUUUCCGAGUUUCCUAGUUCACCUGUGGUGAGUGAAGGGUCUGUGACCAUACACAACAACAACACAAUUCAAAGUUACUAUUUAUUUCUGAAUUGCUGCUAAUGUAUGUUUGGCUCAAUUAAGGAAUCCAAUGUGUUUCUGAGUAUAUCAGUCUCUCAACACCUGGUAAUUAAUCUGAAUGCCAAAAACAAGCAUGGAUGUAAAAAUCAACACUAAUAAUACUAGUAGUGAAGUUAUUAACAUUGAUUCUUUGCGUUUUGAUAUAAAGACAUGUCAGAAAUGACCUGUACAUAUGUAGGACUUGAAAGAGUCCUUCAGAUCAUUUCAUCCAUCAAUGUGUUCAGAAAUGAACCUGACGUUUGCUCUAAGGUUUACAAUAUUGAUUGAUAUAUUAAGUUGAUCAAAAGAAAAUUGCUUCUGUUAUACCACAUUUGUUAAUGAUAUAAUUCAACUUUGUGGGUUAAAAUACUAAUUAAAUAUAUUUCAUAACACAAGAAAUGUCACCUUCAAACCAUCUGUGUAUGAUGAAACAUUAAAAACCGAAAUGAAAAAAUCUAAAUGGAUAUGACGUUUUGGAAUGCUAAUGUCAUGCCCCUAGUCUACAGGCUCGAGUCAUGCAAGAAUUUUGUGUGAAGAAACAGGGUCAAUCGGUGACCACGUUUACAUGCACACUAAUAUCCCGUUAUUAUUCGGGAUACUCAAGUAUUCUGUUUUUGAGUUGAAGCAUAUAAACAUCAAAUCCCGUUUACAAUAACCCGAAAAAGCAUGUAUCCUGGUUAUAUGAAACCAGGAUAAGAUGUCUGGGAUAUGCUGAUCUUAGACGGGAUACUGUGGCAUGUAAACAUCUUAUCCCGUUUACUGUUAUUUUUCGUGGUUUGCGCACCGUGGUAAAGACAGUUUCAGGUUGGAAAUUUGACGGAUAUUCGCCUGUAGUCUUCCUUACGUCCACCAACAGCAGUUAUGGACCGUCAACAUAGUGACAAAUCAACAUUUUCACAUUUCAGUAGCUAUUUAACCAUUACUCUGAAAACUUUCAAAACGGGUUCUAGCUAACCCGAUGUCAUAGACACUAAUUGCACACAUUUAUUUUUUGUCGAUUUACAUCUCGCACUAUUUUAAAUUAUUUAUUUACAUUUUUGAAUUUCAAUAACUCCUUGGUCAUAUGAGCUACUGGACUCAAACAAGGUUCAGAAUGUCCACUGACUAACCUUCUAUAUUGCACACACUUUAGUUUGUCCAUUUUCAUCUCACAAGAUUUUACAUUAAUUUUUCAAAUUGUCAAUAGCUCCUUGGUCAUGUGACCUAGGGACUUCAAACAAUGUUCAGAAUGUCCACUGAGUGGGCUUACACAUUGCACACCCUUUUAGUUUGUCGAUUUCAUCUCACAUGAUUUUACAUGAAUUUUUGAAAAUUAAAAAUGUCAAUAGCUCCUUGGUCAUGUGACCUACUGACUUCAAACAAGGUUCAGAAUGUCAACUGAGUGGGCCUACACAUAGCACACCCUGUAGUUAGUCCAUUUUCAUAAGAUUUUACAUGAAUUUUUCAAAAUGUAAAAUUUCAAUAGCUCCUUGGUCAUGUGACCUAGGGACUUUAAAAAAGGUUCAGAAUGUGCACUCAGUGGGCCUACACAUUGCACACCCUUUAGUUUGUCCAUUCACAUCUCACAAGAUUUUACAUACAUUUUUCAAAAUGUAACAUUUCAAUAGCUCCUUGGUCAUGUGACCUAGGGACCUAAAAAAAGGUUCAGAAUGUCCACUCAGUGGGCCUACACAUUGCACACCCUUUAGUUUGUCCAUUUUCAUCUCACAAGAUUUGACAUGAAUUUUUCGAAAUGUAACAUUUCAAUAGCUCCUUGGUCAUGUGACCUUACUUCAAACUUGGUGCAGAAUGUACCCUUCUAUAUUGCACACUCUUGUUUGUGUACUGUAAAAUCAUGCGGUGUAAUGUACAUUUUUCCUAGUUUUACAUUUCAAUAGCACCUUGGUCAUGUCAAUUAUACACCUAAGAAGCAUGCAGUGGAUAUACACCCAUAUUGCAUAUCCUCUAGUUAUGUCUCUUCUAUAUUGUUGUACAUUAAUAUUAAUUUGACAAUUAGGGGGUUCAGUCCAUUGUUGUGUUUACCCUUUUCUUUAAUAUUUAUCUAUAAUAAUUGUCCCUGUUUUUUAUUUUUCCACAGUAUUUAACAGCGGUACGUACACAAUAGGAGAGAGACAGACAGUAUCUCCUUUCGUCAUUAAUAUCAACCAUAAAGGAAAAGGGCAAAGUACGAGAGUCAUGCUAUUAAUUGUCCAAAGCAGGGAUGGAGAGUGAGCUAGUGAGGUAGGCUGCAGUGGGUUUGCUGGUCAAUACAUAUACUGAACAUGUAACCACAGUAAUGGUGGCCAUUAAAUCAAUGAAUAAAAAUGUAAUAUUGACAAAUUAAACAGAAAUUGUAGACCUUUAAUCUUUUCCAACAAGUCAACAGACACUUCAAAUAAGUAUGAAACAUUUCACAGUGUUAACUUUCUCUUUAUCCCUGGUUGAUGUAAAUUUCAGAGUGUCUUCAGUGUGGAUGGGGUAUGGCAUACAUUUUCAACAACAAAGACUGCACUUCCAGUUUGUGUUCUUUACUCUGUUGAACUAUUUUGUCUUCAUUCCUAGUUACAGCACAUGGAAUCACCGUUGGCAUGCAAAACAUUCAAUCUAAAGCAAAACAAAGCGUAACACGUUAUAAAUAAUAUCAAAUAUCAAUGCAGUAUGAUGAAUGACGAAUUAGCCAUCCAUUGUGUUAUAUUAUAAAUUGUCUUGCAUGCCUUCACUGUUGUCAAAAGAAUAUAAACAUGUUAAAUAAAGUUACUAACCCAGUCA